AUGGGGCCACAGCCGAACCGAACGGAUCGGCUCGGAUCGGAUCGGAACCGUACGACUGAAGAAGAAGAAGAUGAGUACCUCCGGGUACAGGAACAUCACAAAAAUAGUAGUAGUAGUGCUAAUAGUAGUAGACGUUGUAGUAGUAGUAGUACUAAUAGUAGUAGAAGUAGUAAUACUAAUAGUAGUAGAAGUAGUAGUGAUAGUAGGAAUACUAAUAAUAGUAGUAGUAAUAAUACUAAUAGUAGUAGAAAUGUUAGUAGUAGUGUAGUAGUAAUAAAAGUCAUAGGAAUGGCACAACAUAGUAGAAGUAGUAGUGGUAGUAGGAAUACUAAUAAUAGUUGUAGUAAUAAUACUAAUAGUAGUCGAAAUGGUAGUAGUAGUAGUAGUAGUACUAGGAAUACUAAAAGUAGUAGUAGUAGUAAUACUAAUAGUAGUAGAAGAAGUGAUAGUAGAAGUAGUAGUACUAAUAGUAGUAGAAGGGAAUAG